UCAGUUGAUGUCGGGUCGUGCCAUUGCUGAGGACCGUUUUGUGUGUGAACAUGAAGUUUUCGUCAUAGAGGAUUAUAGAUUGUUUAAAACCGGAUACGGAUACGAUUUGCUUGGAUAUUGGGACUUUCAAGAAGUGCUCUCCGAUUCGUUGAACCAAAAUGGAUUUCGAUGCUGUUUUGCCCGAUGUAGGGUCUUUCGGAAUUUAUCAAAAGCUAAUUAUUACGAUGCUGCUCCCUGCCGUUUUACCGUGUGCCUUUCACGCUUACAGUCAGCUGUUCAUAGCAUCCCGCCAAGCCCAUUGGUGUCGUCAGCCCGAUUUAGAACCAUGGGCUAAUGACUACCCCGAAAUAGUCAAAAACUUAAGCAUUCCAAAGGAGUUACGAGACGGUGAUUUUAAAUAUUCGGAGUGUAAAAUGUUCGAUCGAAAUUACAGUGACAUUGUACGGUACCUGAAUUCUAAGUCACCAGCGGAUCUAGCCCAGUACGGAUUUCAAUAUGACGAGGAUGUGGAUACGAUCAAUGAAUCGCAUUUAAUUGAGUGUACGUCGGGCUGGAAUUAUGACCGAAACAUGUUUCCCAAUACAAUUGUGAUGGAAUGGGAUUUGGUGUGCAGCAAAGAUUUUUACACAACGUUCGCUCUUGUUCUAUUCGGUGUUGGUGGCCUCAUAGGAAACUAUGUUUUUGGAUACCUUCAAGACUAUUGGGGACGGCGACCAUCAUUUUUCGUUUACCUAUUUUUAGAAAUCGUGGCAUGCGUACUAAGCUCUUUCGCGUGGAAUUUUCCUAGUUGGAUGGUCUUUCGAUUUAUCGUUGGAAUUACUGUGCCAGCCAUCCUGGCUAGUCCUUAUGUGUUGGCUAUCGAACUUGUUGGCCCGAACCAUCGAGUCUUCUGUACGAUCGUUUUGAAUAUCGCAUAUUCACUGGGAUUAGUUCUACUGUCAGGUGUAGUGUAUCUCGUUCGUGAUUGGCGCUUCCUAUCAUUGGCAGUUUCCGUACCAUUGCUGCUACUAUUUUCAUGUUUCUUUGUGCUACCCGAAUCACCAAGAUGGUUGGUAGCGACCGGAAAUUACAAAAAGGCUGCAAAAGUUAUGAAAACAAUUGCUAAAUUUAAUCGAAAAACUAUUCCAGACGACUACGAAGAAGUACUUAGAAGUAAGAUGAAAAGUAAUAGUGCCAUCGGUACAAUAACUCCAGAAACUGUUCAAUCGAUUGGCAUUUUGGACUUAUUUAAAACAUACAACAUGAGAGCUAAAACGCUUAUCAUCACCUUCAUUUGGUUUUCGAAUACAUGCGUCUAUGUGGGACUGUCAUACUAUGCACCGGCUUUGGGUGGAGAUGAGAUUUGGAACUUUUUCUUAGCUGGAGCUGUUGAGUUCCCAACUUACGUUUUCCUGUGGCCGGGUCUCAUUUAUAUUGGCAGAAGGUGGAUACUAUGCACAUCAAUGAUCGUUGGUGGGGUGGCGUGUAUACUAACUUUUUUGGUUCAACACAAUCAAACGAUCAUGUUGAUAUUGUAUUGCAUCGGUAAAAUGGGAAUAUCAUCGGCCUUUGUUGUGCUGCCUCUGGCAGCGUCCGAACUGUAUCCGACGGUGGUGAGAGGAUUAGGAAUGUCAGUUAGUUCUGUAAUCGGUAUGAUCGGCCCUAUUGUCAUACCAUUAGUGAAUCACAUGGGAAGCAAUAUGUUGGUGCUGCCCUUAAUUAUUAUGGGUUCACUGCUGACAAUUGGUGGUAUGGCAAGUCUCUUUUUGCCUGAAACGAUGGGUAAACCAUUGCCGCAAACUAUUGCAGAUGGAGAAAAUGUUCCGCUCACUAAUCCGUUUGCCGAUCUGUUCAAGUGCAAUAAACGAAACAAGAAUAAGAAUGAUGGGCUCGUAUGCAAUGUAUGCAACAUAGAAAUAAAAAACCUGAAGCUUUAA